AACGCGAGAUUCAACAAGGGGUUUGCGUACAUCGACGUGUCGAGCGAGGAGAUGGUGGAGAACAUGCUACGGUUGAACGAGAGCGAGUUGCUGAACAGAAACCUAUUGAUCAAGAAUGGAGACGACUACAAUGGACGUCCCAAGGUGGCUCUCAAAGAGGGCGAUGGCGAGAAAGAGGGAGGAGGCAAGCAGGAAAGCCACAUCCUCUUCAUCGGCAAUUUAUCGUUUGAAACGUUGGGCAGCGACAUUGAGACAUUGUACUUGAAGUACACAGACCAGAUCAACAAGAUCCGGAUGGGAACGUUCCAGGACCUGAACAAGUGCAAAGGCUGGUGUUUUGUUGAUUUCAAGACAGUGGAAAGCUGCAAAGAGGCCCUCAGCGACAAGCAGUGCAAGUACUUGUUGGGGAGGAAGUUGCGGUUGGAGUAUGGAGAAGAUCGCUCCAAACGACGUCCGCAGAGGCAGCAGCAGCAGCAGCAGCAUCCCGGGCCUGUUGAAAGAGCUGCUGCUGCUGCCUCUGCUGCUCCCACCCCGGCUCCUGCUCGUGCCACUCCCAGGCCCAAACAGCCCAGACCGAAAGUAAGGUCGAGCGUGGCCCUCGCCACAGCCCAACGCGCCUCAGCAGCAAUAGUACCCGCCACGGGCAAGAAGAUCCGGUUU